AGCAGUGUUUUGCAUUUUGUUCUAUUUUUCCCAAGGCUUUUGUCAUGGAAAGGCAUGUUUUAAUUCAGCUUUGGAUGGCUGAAGGAUACCUCCAACCAUCUGAAGGAAAUUCAAUGGAGGAUUUGGGUACCAAGUACUUUAUUGAAUUGUUAUCAUAUUCUCUAUUUCAAGAGGAAGAAAGAGAUUAUUUUGGGAAUGUUAAAUCUUGUAAAAUGCAUGAUUUAAUUCAUGAUCUUGCAGAAUCAGUUUCAAAAUUUGGUGCAGUGAUUUUCAAUGGAGGAUCUGGGGGUAAUGUUUCUGGUUCUGGGUCUGACAUUCUAAUUUCUGAUCAGUUUCAGCAUUUGAAUCUCAUUCAUGGUGUGCCAACCAACUUAGGAGAUGUAGCUCCAAAAUUAUGCACUUUGUUCUCAAAUCAUGGUUUUCCUUGUAGUAUAGGAGCAGUAAAAUUCAAAAGGUUACGGGUUCUCAGCCUUCAUCAUGCUUCUGAUGCAAAACAAUUGCCAACAUGCUUUAGCAACUCAGAGAGGUUGAGGUACUUGGACAUAUCAGGAACUGAAAUAGAAGAACUGCCCAAGUUCAUCACCAAGCUAUACAAUUUGCAGACAUUUAGAUUCAUGGAUUGCAGAUCUCUUAAAAUGCCCCCAAGAGGAAUAGGAGAUUUAAUCAACUUGAGGCAUAUUUAUUUCAAUGAUGAAAAGUGUAUGCCUGCAAACCUUGGGAGACUAACCAGCCUGCAAACAUUGCCAUUGUUUUUUGUAGGUACAACAAAGGGAUGUAAAAUUGAAGAAUUGGGAAGCUUAAGGGGACUCAAAGGAAGACUAAGGAUUUGUAACCUUGAGCUUGUUAAAGACAAAUCAGAAGCAAAGACAGCAAAGUUACAUGAGAAGGCAGUUGAGGAUUUGGCUUUAUGUUGGCAGAAAGGCGAAGGCAAUCGGGUUAAAGAUGAAGAUGUCUUGGAAGGCCUCAAGCCUCACUCAAAUAUAAGAAUAUUAAGAAUUGAAAGCUAUGAAGGAAGAAACUUGGCAUCAUGGAUGUCGAAAAGCAGUGAAGAAUUGAUGUUACUCAACAAUUUGGUGGAUCUGAAGAUUUAUAAUUGCAGCAUGCUAUACAGAAUUUCAGGUAUCAAUUGGUUUUCAUCUCUUCAGCGGCUUUCUAUUGAGUGGUGUUGUAAAUUAACUAGCUUGGGUGAUGGUGAUGAAGCAGUGCUUACAUCGAUGUCCCUCAAAAAAUUAUUCAUAUAUUGGUGUGAUGAGUUAGAAAGACUUUUAGUUAAUGGAUUAUCAUCUCUGGAGGUACUCAAGAUUAACAAUUGCAGGGUGAUAAAUAGCAUAGGAGAUAGCCUAUCAAGCUCCACAUGUCUCAAGCACUUAUAUCUGGAACAGUGUCCUAAAUUGAAGUUUGUUCCAAGUCUAGAAGGACUUGUCUCUCUGAAAACACUAUAUGUAGAAAAUUGUGAUGGAUUAGAGUGUCUACCUACUGGGUUCUCAUCGUGCACUGCUCUGGAGGAAUUGGAGAUACGGAAUUGCUCUAAUUUAGUUUCUAUUCCUGAAGAAUUGAAACACUUAUCAUCUCUUGUUCUGGUGAAAAUUGGGCAUUGUCGAAAUUUGAGGAGCUUCCCUGAGGAGAUACUCGGCUUUCUUUCCUGCUUGAAGACGUUAGAGCUUGGCCCUUUCUCAAAAGAGUUGGAGGAAUUUCCAAAUUUGAGUUCCACUUCCACUCCCACUACAGCCUCCCUUGAAGUCUUGCGUUUGGAAGGAUGGGCCAAAUCGCUAACUCUGCCACUUCAAAUUCAACGCCUCACAGCUCUCAGGUACUUAAUUAUCACAAGCUUCAAUGGAGUGGAAGAAGCUUUAUUGGGGAACCUUUCUUGUCUUAAAACACUUCAAAUUAGGGAUUGUACUCGGUUGAGGUGUCUAUUAGGUGGGCUGUCAUCUCUUGAGGAAUUGGAGAUAACAAAGUGCCCCAAUCUAGUCUCUUGUCAAGGAGAGUUGAAGGAACUGCAUUCUUUAAAAAUUUUAGGCUGUCCAAAAAUGGUGGGCUUCCUAGAGAAGAGUCUCGGCUGUUGUACUAGGUUGAAGAGAUUAGAGAUCGGCCGUUUCUCAGAAGAGUUGGAAGAAUUCCCAAGUCUGAGUUCCAUCCACGCCUCCCUUGAGCAGUUGAAACUGUGGGGAUGGGAAAAACUAACUCAGCUGCCAGAUAUUCAACACCUCACUGCUCUUAAGGAGUUGAGUAUAUACUACUUCAGUGGAAUGGAAUCUUUGCCAGACUGGUUCAACAAUUUAUCCUCCCUACAACGACUUGAUAUUUGGAGCCGCCCAAACAAGUUAAUGGAAAGAUGCACCGAGGGAAGCGGUCCUGACUACUGGCAUAAGAUUUCUCACAUUCCAUACAUCAGAAUGGCUGGGUAGAUCAUCCAAUUCCAAUCCAAACACUGAGGCAAAGAGAUCAUCAUCAAAUAAGCAAACAAUUGCUGGAGGAAAGGACCAAAACAGCUCUCAUUCAGUGUAAGAUAAUUCUGGUGUACAAUUGUGCUCUUAGCUGGAGGGGUGUCCCAAUAUCUUGCUACUUGUAUGGAAAUUUACCAAUUUCAAGGCGUGUGACCAGAGUAGAGUAGCCUAUGGACUUCCUUUUUCCAGCUUAGGCAUAGCCCAACUCAUCCAGUGCUUCUGCUAAGACUACAUGCAGAAGCGUCUUUGUUCUUUAACAUCAAUAUUGCUACAGAUUUGCUAGCCACAACAAACUUAAAGGAUUACAGGGUAGCAGAUGCUCUUCUUGCAGUCUUAGUAAUGAACAAUAAUUCUGGAU